CUUGUCGAAGCAGCCAGGCUCGCAUGCAACUCGACGUCAGUGUUCGCAAACCUCAAAACGUGAUCAACACACGUCCCCUUGCCGCCGACCAUGCCGGAGGAGUCCGCGAUGGAGGCUUGGCUUCGAGUUGUAAAGGAGGGUACAUUCCUCUGGCAACUCAAGUCUGAAGACUUUCAGGAUCUACUCGAUCUAUAUCCGCAAUUCCUUGCGACUGGAAUGGAAGACCUCGACAAAUACCGUUUCCAAGGUAAAACUAUCCUUGAAGGAACCCAAAACCAGAACGAAGACGAUCACGAAGACGAAGAAGAAGAAGAAGAAGAAGAAGAAGAAGAAGAAGAAGAAGAAGAAGAAGAAGAAGAAGAAGAAGAAGAAGAAGAAGAAGAAGAAGAAGAAGAAGAAGACAAAAAAGUUCAAGUCAAACGACAUGAAAUCAUCAUCCAUCUCGGUCACUGGUUCUAUAAACGCUGCGAUGGUGACCAGCGAAAUGGCUGCAAGAGCCACCACCAGUGCCUCGAAUCCCACUCCGCAGAAAUUGAGACCGCUAUUGACAAAGCCUUCAAAUCUUUCGACAAGAAAAAACAUGUCUGCGCCGUAUCCAGGCUCCAAAGGCUACUCAAAGAGAGCAAGGGACCCAACCGUACGAAAUUCGAGUUUGCCAUCUUGAUACUUUCCGCAAAGUACCCGAACCAGGUGCCGUUCUGCUCACCAGAACUACGGAAGUGCAUCGACGCUGGUAAAGACAAUUUGAACGACACCACGGCCGGGGUUGAGGAUUGGGGAAGCGAAAUAUACGCCAAGGAGUACGCCCUGUUCCAGUCUCGUUGUGGUCAAGUGAUGCAGAAGAUUCCUACGCUGGAACCCGAAUCUGCGGCUCAAGAUGUCGAGAAGGUAGCGUAUGUGUUGGACCGCUGGAGUGCCCUGAAAGACACCUACAUUGACCGCGGGGUCAUUUCCAGUCUCGGAGGCAAACCAGUAUCGCUUGCCGGUUCUGGUAAUACGAUUAUUCGGAAGGGUUUGAGAUCCCGGGAUAAUUCGACCCCCGAAACUAUUGCCGUGAAAAGCAUCUCGCAGUUCAGUCAGGUUGUCGUCAACUAUCUGAGUGAGAUUCGAAUUCAUGCCACCCAAAACUUAGAUACGGUAAUGUCCGCCAAAUUCUGCUGUCAACACCGCAUGGUCUGACUCCCCGCGUACCCCAGAGCCAUCUUGUUGCAUAUUAUGGGUGGUCUUUUUGGGACGGCCAUUUCCACAUCGCGAUGCAGCUGAUGUGCCAAGAUCUGGAAGACCUACUAACA